CGUAUAUUUAUUGCAGGGUAAAGUUUUCCAUGAUGUCGAAAAGACACCGCAUAGAUGUUGGAGACUCCUCUAAGAGGUCACGGGUUGAAGAUGGGGACAAAGUCAAAGAGGAAAAACCCAAAUCAAUAUUCGAACAAUUUAAUAUACCCAAGCCACAGAUACAAAUGAACCCAUUCACAGGUCUUCCUUAUUCACCCAGAUACUUCGAGUUAUUUAACAAAAGAAGCAAACUACCAGUAUGGGAAUACAAAGAGAAAUUUAUGGAUGUGCUAAAUAAAAACCAGACUUUGGUACUGGUGGGAGAGACAGGCUCUGGAAAAACUACACAAAUUCCCCAAUGGUGCCUCGAGUGGGUGAGAGCACGGUUUGCAAAGAAAGGAGUUGCAUGUACACAACCAAGACGAGUGGCCGCUAUGUCGGUCGCUCAGCGCGUGUCAGAGGAAAUGGAUGUUGGCCUGGGACAAGAAGUUGGCUACAGUAUCCGAUUUGAAGAUUGCACUUCAUCAAAAACACUUCUAAAAUAUAUGACAGAUGGUAUGUUGCUGAGAGAAGGUAUGUCAGACCCACUGUUAGAAAACUAUGGUAUCAUCAUGCUUGAUGAGGCUCACGAGCGUACCCUAGCUACAGAUAUCCUCAUGGGUCUUCUAAAGGAAGUCGCCAAACAGAGAUCAGAUCUCAAAAUCAUCAUCAUGAGUGCAACCCUAGAUGCUGGAAAGUUUCAGAAUUACUUUGACAAUGCACCACUAAUGAGUGUACCAGGACGUACUCAUCCUGUAGAGAUCUUCUACACACCAGAGCCUGAGAGGGACUAUCUGGAAGCAUCUAUACGUACUGUAGUGCAGAUACACAUGUGUGAGGAAAAAGAGGGUGAUAUUCUGUUGUUCCUCACUGGGCAAGAGGAGAUCGACGAAGCAUGUAAACGAAUACAGAGAGAAAUUGAUAAUUUGGGACCAGAAAUUGGAGACAUGAAAUGUAUACCUUUAUAUUCCACUCUCCCUCCAAACCUACAACAACGGAUAUUUGAACCUGCUCCUGCUAAGAAGGCAAACGGAGCGAUAGGAAGAAAAGUUGUGGUUUCGACCAAUAUAGCAGAGACAUCUUUAACAAUUGAUGGUGUGGUAUUUGUGAUAGAUCCAGGGUUUGCAAAACAAAAGGUGUACAACCCACGUAUACGAGUAGAAUCACUUUUAGUGACAGCCAUUAGUAAAGCAAGCGCCCAACAGAGGGCAGGACGUGCAGGUAGAACACAGCCAGGAAAGUGUUUCCGUCUAUAUACAGAACGAGCAUACAAACAGGAAAUGCAGGAAAACACAUACCCAGAAAUCUUGCGGUCAAAUCUGGGAUCUGUAGUGCUACAACUGAAGAAACUUGGUAUUGAUGAUCUAGUCCACUUCGAUUUUAUGGAUCCUCCAGCUCCUGAGACGCUGAUGAGAGCUUUGGAAUUGUUGAAUUACCUCGCAGCCCUAGAUGAUGAUGGAGAGCUGACAGAACUUGGGUCCAUGAUGGCAGAGUUUCCACUUGACCCACAACUGGCCAAGAUGGUGAUUGCCAGUUGUGACUUCACCUGUUCCAAUGAGAUUUUAUCAAUAACUGCCAUGUUGUCAGUCCCACAGUGUUUUGUGCGACCCACGGAGGCAAAGAAGGCAGCUGAUGAGGCAAAGAUGAGGUUUGCUCACAUUGACGGGGACCACCUCACUCUUCUCAAUGUAUACCAUGCAUUCAAACAAAGCCAGGAAGAUCCCCAGUGGUGUUAUGACAACUUUGUUAACUUCCGAUCACUGAAGAGUGCUGACAACGUACGGCAGCAGCUGGCCAGGAUCAUGGAUCGGUUCAAUUUACGGAGAUCCAGUACUGACUUCACUAGUCGGGACUACUAUCUUAACAUCAGGAAGGCUCUGGUUUCUGGAUUUUUCAUGCAGGUUGCCCAUUUAGAAAGAACUGGACACUACCUAACGGUGAAGGACAGUCAGAUUGUCCAGCUCCAUCCAUCCACCUGCCUUGACCACAAACCAGAGUGGGUCCUUUACAAUGAGUUUGUAUUGACCACUAAGAACUACAUUCGUACAGUGUCUGAUGUCAAACCUGACUGGCUGGUAGCAGUGGCUCCUCAGUAUUAUGAUAUGGAAAACUUCCCUCAGUGUGAAGCUCGGCGACAAUUAGAGAGGAUCAUUGCAAAGAUGCAAACAAAACAGUACCAAGAAGGAAACUAACAGACAGAUAUUACUUACCAGUAGUUACAAGACUAAAUGUUAAGGUCAUUUGUCAUCAACACCUAUCGGUAGUCAGUGUUGUUUGUGAUCAGUACCAACAUAUAAGUUUUGAAUAGAAAAAGGAUCACAAGGAAAAAGAUGUGUUUUUUGAAGGACGUGAUCAAGUGACUACAGCGUGUUUUUUGAAGGAUGCGAUUAAGUGACUACAGCGUGUUUUUUGAAGGAUGCGAUUAAGUGACUACGACUUUUUAAAUUAACCUCUGUAUAUUCAUCAAACUCUAAAGAUUAGGAGGAAUUGUAUUCAAGAUCAGGAUUAAUGUCACAUACUAGUGAUAUGGGAAGUCUGUUUUUUAUUUCUAGUUGGUUUAGAUACAAGCAGAAAAAUCACUGGCUUAUUAAAAGUGAAUUAGUUCAUUGUAAUUUGGAGCAAAACAAGAACAAAAAAAUAGAACAUUUCACUAUAGAUAAAUGUUAAAUUUAAACACAAAGGAGCUAAACGUUCGUGUUCAUCAUUGUCAUCCAUCAUCUUCAUCAAUAUCAGUGUCACCAUUAUUUGGUUGUCAUUAUCAGCAUUGUUGAGUUGUAGUUGUUGUUGUCAUUGUUCUGACAUGUGAUGUAUUUAAACACCGACCAGUGUGUGUGCUUGUUUGGAGUCCGUGGUAAACCCAGGCAUAAACAGCAUUGAUUAGGAGUGACUGUUCAUUACAUGUUGUAUGUCAUGCUCAUUCGUCAUGGUGAAUGACAGUUGCAUUAAAAUUGAAAUGGA